AUGUUUUCCUUUUUCUCCUUUUGCCAUUUUUCUUUCUUUUUUUUUUUUACUUCUAUGUUUUCUGUUUCAUUCUCAUUAUUCUUUUCUUUCAUCUGUCUUUGCUUUAUCCUCUUUUUACCUUUCUUCUCCACUUUUUACUUGCUCUCUCUCCUUUCUCUUCUCUUCAUCACCAAUCAUCUUCCUGUCUUCCUUCUUUUUAUCUCCUCUUUGGCUUUCUUUUUCCAUAUUGUUAACUCACUUUUCUUUCUUGAUUUUCACAUUCUCUUUCCUCUUUCUGUUCUCCCUCUUUGUCUUUCAUUCAAUUCAAUUCAUUUCUCUUGUUUCUCUUUGUUUUCUUCUUUGAUGCCUCCUCUUAUUGUUUUCUUUCAUUUCCUCUUUUCUUUUUUUUCUUUUUGGUUACUUAAACUUCAGCUUUCCUCUUUUCAUUCUCCCUCUUUCUCUCUCAUUCAAUUCAUUUCUCUUGUUUCUCUUUUUUCUUCUUUGAUGCCUCCUCUUAUUGUUUUCUUUCAUUUCCUCUUUUUCUUCUUUUUUCUUUUCUCUUUCCUUUCUUCAACUUCAGCUUUCCUCUUUCUAUCCUCCCUCUUUGUCUCUCAUUCAAUUCAAUUCAAUUCAUUUCUCUUGUUUCUCUUUUUUUUUCUUUUCAUUUAUAUCUUGAAAAAAAAAACAGUUUCUUUAAACUUUCAUUGGUUCUGUCACUUUGCUCACGAAAUAUCUGAGGGCAAGGAAACUGGCUUCAAAUAUUUAAAAAAAUUAUCAUAA